CUGAAGCGCGCGCACGGCUUGACUGCAGGAUUGCGACUAAACUGCGAUCGCGCGCAUUCUCUCUCUCUCUCUCUCGGUUUAGAGGGGAGGUUUUGUUCGAUCUCAGAGUGAAGCGGGCACCAGAUGCCAUCACCUGUCGCGAGGCUCAACACUGGUGUAGAGCGAGAGCGCGCACGCAAGAUCUUGUCCUGUGGCUAAUUCAACAGAUACUGCCGUUGACAGAUUCAACCUACACAAUGUUUUUCAGUGUUUGUUAUUUUUACCUACUCUUCUCGUGUCCUUCGUGGGGUGUUUCACGCCUCCCUGUGUUUUACUGAUACAACUCAGAUCCAGAAUGGGCUCAUUUAACCAAUCCGGGUGGGUGGGGUUCAUCCCAGGGGAUUAUAACUCCUCCUCCACUGGACUGGGAUAUUCAGGAACUCCACUUGGGAAUUACACCGGCAAUGUGUCCGAUCAAAGCAUGCCGUUCCAAGGGAGCAGCACGAUGGUUACUGCGGUCAUAUCAUUCACCGUGUUUAUCGUUGGACUUACGGGCAACACUCUGGCUAUCUACGUGGUUUUACGCUACGCUAAGAUGAAAACAGUUACAAACAUCUACAUUUUAAACCUCGCCGUGGCCGAUGAACUGUAUAUUUUGGGCCUACCUUUCCUUACGACGCAAAAUGUACUCUCCUACUGGCCGUUCGGCUCAUUCCUAUGUCGCGUUGUGAUGACGGCAGACUCGCUGAAUCAAUUCACGAGCAUCUUCUGUUUGACAGUGAUGAGCAUCGAUCGCUAUUUAGCAGUAGUGCAUCCUAUCCGCUCCACUAGGUGGCGCCGGCCGCGAGUAGCUAAAGCAGUUAGCGCAGCGGUGUGGGCAUUUUCGUUCAUCGUUGUUCUCCCCGUGGUGAUAUUCUCUGACGUUCAGGACACGUUUAACUCAUGCAACAUGAGUUGGCCGGAGCCACGAGACGUUUGGUCGACGGUGUUCAUACUCUACACGGCAACGCUCGGAUUCUUCGGCCCCCUGCUGGUCAUCUGCAUGUGUUACCUUCUCAUCGUGGUCAAGGUGAAGUCGUCCGGCGCGCGGGCGGGAUUUACAAAGCGCCGGCGCUCUGAGCGGAAGGUGACCCGCAUGGUGGUGGUGAUCGUGGUGGUGUUCGUCCUCUGCUGGCUGCCGUUCUACAUCAUCAACAUCGUAAACCUGGUCUUCAUACUGCCGGAGAACAGCGUGAUGGUAGGGGUGUACUUUUUCGCGGUCAUCCUGUCGUACGUCAACAGCUGUGCCAAUCCGCUGCUCUACGGGUUCCUGUCCGACAACUUCAAGCAGAGUUUCCGCAAGGUCCUGUGCGUGCGCAAGGCAAAUGGCGUGGAGGAUGGCGAUCCCAGUGUGCCGCGGACAGAGAAAACGACGACCCAUGACUCCUUCCUGACACCUCGGAACAACGACUUUAAUGGACACGUACAGGGCAGCCAGGAUCUGCAGUUACAGUCUUGCAUGAGCGCAUCUGAGAGCCCUCAGCCUGCAAGACCCCAGAUCAUUGGCCAGUCCACACUCUAAAUGCUGUUUCUCUCUCUGUCUGUUGUUUUCAUCUUUAUUCCGUCUCCUUUUCUGUGAUUUAUUGUCUUAUCGUCUCUCUGUUCAUCCCUUCGAUAUGUUUGUCUGUCCGCCUUGUCUUUUCUUCUGGCUUCUUGUGGAAGGUGUGGCCUCAGCCUCAAGCCACGCCCCCGAACGCACCAGUGACUCCGCAUUCCCGCGCAGCAGAGCUCAGUCUCCACCCGGUGCCCGCCGCCUCCACGCCCAGCUCCAGCCGUGACCUGUGACCCCGGCGGGUCGUGAGAGCCCCUCCGAACAAUGCCAGGAUACUUUGUUUUGGGUGGAGGGUGCAGUGUGUGCUGGAAACACCAGGGUCCUCACGGCCAUGGAAAACCUGGAAAUAUCAGAAAUCAUUGAAAUUUCUAUUUUGAAUUUAUCAGCUUUUAAAGUAUUUCAACAGCUAGAAAUGAGUAUUUGUAAGUGCAAAUAGUCUGAGACCACUAAUGAAAAUCUAUUUCACAGUUUUAGAGAUGAAUAUAAAUUCUUUAAACACAAAAUAUAAUAUUAGCAUAGCAAUACAUGAUUUAUGAUGUUCCAGAGGAAGCAAUUCAGAGGAAACGUCACAUGAUUAAUGUCACAAAAUUUGCUUAUUUGAUCGGUGACCUAGAAAUAAAUUGCGCAGAGUCUGAAAUAUUUCCUCAUUUGUUUAAUAUUUUUCAAAACCCAAACACGUUCUGUUUAUUUUCUGGUUUAAAUUACAUUUUGAAUCCCGGAUUUUCAACAUGGUCUCAGACUUUUGGGCCCCACUUUUAAACAUAACUUUUAAAAAGGAUGAGAAAACAGAAGAGGGAUUUAGAAGUGAGAGAAGACUUAAGAUGCAAGCGAAGGGGAUUUAGAGAUGAUGAAUGCUGGUAUAUUGCUUUUCACGCAAAACUUGCAAUCAAUUCCCAGCAGCAAACACGCAAUCACAUUUUAAGCUUUCUCCUUUACGAUCAAAUUAAUGAUUGAUUUACACGCGCAGAAAAAGUAUCAUAUGUACCUGCCAGAGCUGAUUGUGAAAAACCCAGCGUGUCCCAGUGUCCUUCACAAACACAGACUGAUAUACUUCAUUCCAUUCAACUUGGAAAAGGGCAAUAGACCUCCAAGACCUCUGGCUUAAUACUUGGAAACUCAUACUGAUAUCUAAAACUAUAUGAUUUUGCGAAACGUAUGACGUCAAACAAACAUGGUAGCACACAGUUGAUAAAUUAUUCUCUUUUAAACAGAUGAAUCCAAGAACCUCUUUACACCUGAGAUUAAGAAGCAUUUUCGUCAGUCUGAUCACAAGCGGAUGAUGCCAAAGGUAAGGGAGUAGUAGAGGUCAUUCGAACAGCCACAAAAGACCGCCUUCUGACCUAACGGGUAAACAUCAAGGGAAGCACGCUAGCAAGACGGGAUGUAAACUUUGUCAGCUGAAGACAUAAGUUUGGUUUGAAGAUGAAAAACAUACCAAGCACAAUGUUCUCUCACCAUUCCUGAUUUCUAACAUGCAUUUCUCUCUCAGCUUUCAGAGUAGAAACGAAAGCUGAUGCUUUCCGUAUGUUUUUCUGUCCCCUCCCAGUCACCGUAUGUUCAAGAAAAUUGAGCAAAUUUAUUUUGUCCAUUAGAUCGAAAGGUCUGAAAAAAACCUCAUAUUUACCCACCAAUAGACCCUUACCUCGAUGAAAUCAGGACAGAAGUGGUCGAAACGAACUUCGGAUUAAAACACUAGGUGUAAAUGGGUAUGUGUCUCCCUCAUCUACUUGUGAUCUGAUCGACCAAAAUGCAUCUUAAUACCAGGUGUAAACAGGACCCAAAUACAUGUUAAAACCAGUUUAGCAAAUGUUUUCAGUAGGCUUAUUAUCGUUAACUAAAACUAAAACCAUAAAAUUAAUUUUCAUUACUUGAAAUAAAAUAAACACAACUGAAAUAAAAUUAUUUUAAAGACCCCCUGUGGUGAAAUUCAAGUUUUUAAUGUUGUGUU